UUUUGACUUUGCCGGAGUGCCCUGUGUUUUUCAGGAUAAACUUCGGUGAUUCUGUCCGAAUCCGAGCUCGCUCGCGCCCCUCAUGGCGUCUCUGCUCCCAAAGUUCGCUCCGUUGAAGCGGAUCCCCAGCCGGGCUUACAGCGCCCAGGUGGCUGUUUCCCAGAAGAGGCUCCCUUCGGAGGAAACGAGACUCACGACUCUCGAUAAUGGACUAUCCCUGUACUCCGUCGAGAACCAGAGCCCUGUCAGCCGAGUCGUGAUCGUCACGAAGGCCGGUUCUCGUUACGAGACGGGCCCUGAGCUCGGUGCAUCUCAUCUUGUACGUUGUAUGGCCGGACUGAGGACGAAGAACUCCACAAGCUUCGGAAUCACGAGGAACGUGGAAUGGGUUGGCGGCAACAUUUCCGCGGCGGCGACAAGAGACCACCUAAUUUACACUCUCGAAUGCAACAGAGAUUAUGUUGCCUCAACAAUCAACUUCCUCAAUGAUGUUGUCUUCGCACCCACCUUCAAGCACUGGCAGAUCGAUGACAUCAUGCCGAAACUCAACCGGGAGUUAGCUGUUUUCCAGCAAAAUCAGGGAGCUUUGCUCAUGGAGGCCCUCCACCAGGCCAGUUUCCGCGGCGGUCUCGCCAACUCGUUGUUCGUUCACCCCUCCAUGAUCGGCAAGCUCAAGUCCGACAUCCUGACCAACUUCCACAAAGACAACGUCACCGGACCGCGCACGGUGGUGUCUGCUGUGGGAGUGGACCACGAGCGUCUCGUCCACAUCUACAAGAAGUGCGAACACAUUGGACGCUCGUCCACCGAUGAUGGAAAACCGUCGAGGUUCAACCCCCAUGGAGGAGAGGUUCGCGUUGAUUUUGCGGCCCCGAACACUAUGGUUGCACUAGCAAUGGAAUCCAGCGGACUCGCUAAACCCCAGGACGCCCUCACCAUGGAAGUUUUGAAGCACGUGUUGGGCAUGUCAAAGGCACGAGUUCCUUUCUCGGAGCUCGGAGCCACCAGGUUGGGCAAAGCUGUCCUCGCCACUAAGCCCGCGAACCCGUUCUCCAUCGGAGCCUUCACGGCAAACUACAGCGACACCGGACUCUUCGGCAUCGCUCUGGCCGCGAACAACAACGACAUCGCCGUAGUCUCAAAGGCUGCCAUCGGUGCGGUUCGGGAUCUCGGCAAAGGGAACAUUUCCGCGUCUGAGCUCGAGGCCGCGAAGAAUAAGGCCAAGUAUGCCAUCGCUAAGCGCGUUUCGAAAAACACCAAAACCGCGAGGAACACCGCCAUCCAGCACCUGACGCAGGGUGGCCCUCAAAGCUAUGAAAAAUCUAUUUCAAUGAUCGACGCCAUCACGAGCGCGGAUAUUGCUAACGUCACCCAGAAGAUGUCGCGCGUCAAGCCUUCAAUGGCAGCCGUCGGCAAAACCUACAACGUUCCCCAUCUGGAUGAGCUUUUGCAAUAGGAGCUAGUUCGCGGGACGGAGUAGUGAAACUGUGGUACGUUUUAAGCGAAGUGAGGCGUAUAAAUGCGGAGAAUCAUGUCGAAGCAUAAAAUAAAUAGACGUUUCAAUGUUGAUGGCAAUA